CUGUCCUGGAGGACUACGCAGAUCCCUUCGAUGCGGCUCAGGUGGCUGGUAGCCAGGCAGGGCUGGAGAAGGUGACAGAGAACGAUGGAUACAUGGAGCCAUAUGAAGCCCAGAAGAUGAUGGCUGAGAUCCGCCAGAAGGGCUUACGGGAGGCUCCUGCCCGGCCGCUGCACCUUUACGAUACUCCCUACGAGCCCGUGCUUGGAGGGCUGGACAUGGAUGGCGACCGUCCAGCUUGCUCCAGACCCAGGGAGUCCCGACUGCCGGAGGAUGAUGAGAGGCCACCAGAGGAAUACGACCAGCCCUGGGAGUGGAAGAAGGAGCGGAUCUCCAAAGCCUUUGCCGUUGAAAUCAAGGUCAUUAAAGACCUGCCAUGGCCACCGCCGGUGGGACAGCUCGACAGCCGUGAAAGCCCCCCGGACGGUGAGGCUGGUGCCUCCGUCCCUCUGCUGCAGGGCCAGCCCAGCUACGAAGACGCCAACGGUCCGUCAGAGGGGCUGGGGUACAGCCGCACCUCGCCCUGCAGGGAGGAGAAGGCCAGGACUGCCCUCAGGCAUGGCUCCAGCAGUCUCAAGAGCAUGAAGACACUGAUCGCUGAGCCUGGCCCCUUUCUCGGCGAGAGGAUUGAUCCUGCCCUGCCUCUGGAGAACCAGUGCUGGUACCACGGGGCCAUCAGCCGGACGGACGCCGAGACGCUGCUGAGGCUCUGCAAGGAGGCCAGCUACUUGGUGCGCAACAGCGAGACCAGCAAGAAUGACUUCUCCCUCUCCUUGAAGAGCAGCCAGGGCUUCAUGCACAUGAAACUGUCCCGGACACAGGAGAACAAGUACGUGCUGGGUCAGCACAGCCCGCCCUUCGACAGCGUGCCGGAAAUCAUUCAUCACUAUGCCAGCCGCAAGCUGCCCAUCAAGGGGGCUGAGCACAUGUCCUUGCUUUACCCGGUGGCCAUCCGUACCCUAUAGUCCUCACCCACCACGAGUCAGGCUCAAGGCCGGGUGCACCCCAAACUGGCCUGUCCGCAGGGCCAAGGACAGGCUCCGGAUCGGCAAGCAGCUCACUGGGCAUGGCCAGCGCUGCUGGGGUUUGCUGCAGCUGGACCCCUCGUCCCGCUCUCUCGGGGGGUCUCCUAGGGGGACCCCCUGCCCGAGGAGCUGAGCGGGGCUGGCUGGCUGCUGGCUGCCCCCUGCCCUCACCUGCCUCUGGGCAGAGCUCAGGACGCAUGGACUGGAGCUGAGGCCUUGGAGAGGCCUGGGGGGAGGCGACAUAUGGGUAAAGGGGGAGAAAUCAUCCAUGAACGGGCCUGAGAUGCCUCUGAGGGAUGCCAGCUCUGCAUGCAGGAGUCGAAACGGCUAUGCCUGCAGGCGAGGAGGCUGGCAGGGGGCAAGCGGGGCCUGCCUGGGGCUAGUGAGGCACAGGGGGCCAGCGGUGGCCCCUACCCUCACAGGUGCUCGGUACUCACUGCCAUCCUUUGCCAAAUGUAAAUAGUGACUGGUCUUGGCCGCGCAUGCAGCACCACUGCCUAAUAAGAGUGGUGCACGGUCGCCUCCUGCUCCAUGCAGACCCCUCCAGUGGGGGGUUCAGUGUGACAAAGUGGAGGGGAAGGGGAUUUUAUUACACAAAAGCUCUAAGCAUAUUGAUUUUUCCUUUGCUCGUGCAUACACCAAGACCCAUAUGCCCAAGCAGUCCAGCCAGCUCACUCGUCCGAGACACAAGAGACAAGGGAUGCCGCGACUUUGUCUUUGGGACCCUUUGCAGGCAGUGAUGAGCUGAUUUUGGACUUGCCUGUUGUUCUCUAUAGAAGGGAUGCUCUUUGGGAUCUUUUGUCUCCCUGUUUUCCUUCACCCCUUGUAAGUCUUAGGCAAAAUCCCUGAAUUUCACAGAUCUGUUCUCUUCCUCUGGGUAUUUAGUGGCUCCAGUCCUGUUCUUUGUCUUCCUGACACCUUGUCUUUGGGCCAGCUUGCUCCUUCUCUUCCUUUGGCUGAAGAUACACCUGGUGCUCUGUAGCAUUUAAUGAUUUAAUGCGUAUCUUGCCGUUUAACCUUGUUCCUGAUGUUGAUUACUCCUGUACCCCUGCACGUAUGUUUCCUCCAUCCGUGCUUUGGACUAAGCUCACUCUUGCUGUUACUGCCCUGUGGCAUGUUCCCUCUCCCUUCUGCUCCCUGGGGGUCCUGCUGUGUUCAGCAGGGAAGGGGGAUGGCAGCUGAAGUUCACUGCUGGACCAGCAAAACCGUUGGUGGGAUGUGUUGGCAGUGGCUUGAUGAAGGCUUUGUGAAAAAGCAUCAUCCUCACCACUGCCUGCUCCUGGGAAGGAGCUGGUCCUGCAGGUUUUCGGGGGAGGACAGAGAUGAUGGAUGGGGCUGCAGGUGAGCACUGCAGCCACAGCAGGAGCCCUUCUUCACAGGCUCUGGGGUUUUCCAGACUCUGUCUGUAGCUGGGGGAUUGCUGUCCUGGCUGCCCAUCAUGGUUUUGAGCUGCUGUGGGGACCGUCAGGCUCAGCCAGCGUGGUCCCUGAGUGCAGGCCACGGUUGGGAGCCUGCAGAAACUGUGUGGGUUUGUUCCAGGAUGCCUCAGCCUCUGCCGCUCCUUAAAAGGCAGCAGUUUGAGCUCAUGGGGCGCCCGGUGUCUCCUUACAGCCCCACUUGGCUGCUGCCAGCUCCACGGCUGCUUCUCCAUCCCAGGGAGGCAUUUUGUCCAGUGCUGGGGACUGAGACGAUUCCAGCUGGAGCGUUUUUCUCUGGGAGGUGCCAUACCAGAGCCUGCAGAAAGGGUUGGAGAUGCAGAAAUCUGUUGAGAUGCUCUUGGGUUACCCUUGCUGCAUUCAAAAGGUUUCAAGGGCCCUUCAGCAGCCCCGCUGUGCCCUGACGGCUCCACUGCAGAGCUCAUCCCUGGGGACACUCCGUAUUCUUCAUGGCUGCAGAUGGCAAAGGAGAGGCUUCUCGGGUCUGUGCAGCCAGGGAACAAAGGCACAGGAGCAUCUCCUCACAUAUUGUGUUGUGGGUUGUUUUUUUUUUAAUUGAGAAACUGUGGCAGGGAGCAAAGUGCCUGGCAGUCAGUGCUGGCACUACCAGUGAGCUUGCAGCCCUAUGGUGUGAUCCUGCCCCAGUGGCCUGGCUCCAUCCCAGGGACAUCACUGCUGAGGAGUGUGAGACCUCUCUGCAUGGCACCAGCCCCCCAGAAACAGCCAGACAGCAGAACUGCUCUGGAGCUGGGCCUUGUGUCCAAGUGCUUCAGCUAAGUAGCUUUCAGUCCUCCCCAUGGCAUUUACAUUCCUCCUCAGCCCUUUCAUCUCCAGGCUAAAGAAGCCCAACUCCUCAACCUCGUACAACAUGUUCUCUGGCCCUUAUCAUCCUAGUGUCCCUCUGCAGGACUCUCUCCUUGUACUUGGGGUGCAAAACAGGGCACGGUAUCCAGAUGUGGCCUCACCAAUGCCAAAUAAAGGGAAAUAACCACUUCUUUUCACCUGCUGGCUACACUCAUAUGGUAAUUUGGGUUGGAAGGGACCUCAGGAGGUCUGUAGUCCGCUCUCCUGCCCGAAACAGUGUUAGCAUUGACCAGAGUGAAGAAGGGCUCUUUUUGGAGUGAAGCAGAACUGCCCUAAGACCACUCAGUUUUUUUCCCCUCUUAUAGCACCACCAGGAGGGACUGGACACCAGGAUAAAUGGGGCUGCAAAUUCACCGUAACCUGUGAGCAACACCUCUGGCCCAACAGAGCCUCCAGCUCCUUGUGGGCCCUCAGGAGGUGGAGAAGGCCCAACAAGAAAGAUGUAGGAGCAGGGUGCAGGACGCAGAGCCAUAGCAAAGCACCAGCCCACAGCUUGACAUUGGGUUCGGGGUGAGAUGUGAUCUCAAAUGGGGCUGAUCCAAGCAGGUCCUGUGUCCUGUUUGAAUCCCAAAGGAUUCCCACAGAAAGCGGGGUCUGGCUGGUGCGUUGCAUCCUCUGUUUGUGAUGGGAGCUGAUCAGCAGCUCCACAGGAAAUUUGGAUUGAAUCUCUCUUGCUGAGGGUAUUUUAGUGCUGCCUUUUGCUCUCCUGUGACUGAAUGAGUGGUGGUUGGAAAUAAGCGGGGGGUGGGGGACAGCCAUGUGACGGAGCUAGCGAGGUGACAGGGAUCCCCAUUCAUGAGAAGGCUAAUCCCCAGGAUGGAGAAGGGCCUGAGCAACCUGAUGUGGCUUUGGGGUUAACCCUGUUUGGAGCAUGAAGGCUGACCAGAGACCUUUGUCUGUAGCAGUUCCCAAUCCACUUGUCCCAGCAAUCCCCCGUGUCCUCCGGGCUGCUUCUGUUCUCUGUCCCUCCUCCCUGCAAACGAAACAGCUCUGUCAUUCAUCGCCUGAUCCCUAGUCCCUUGCUAAGCCCUCCAUAAUGGCCAAGCUGCUUUAGCAUGCUGCAAGCCCUGAUAAUGAAGGAAAGAAGUUUGUUUGGUAAUUGGAUUAGCGCUGCUGGGAACACGCUCUUGCAUGGCGGUCAGGGCUGAGCUGGCACGGCCACGAGCCCUGGGCCGCUCUGCCUGCUCCUGGGCCAGCGCAGGGCUCCACUCACUCCUGCACAGGACUUCACUGGCCAAAAGAUGGAGUCUUACAGGAGGAACGCAGCCAAGAGGGCUGAAAGGCUGAUUCAGGGCAGACUUUGACUGUGCCCCACCUUGGAAGCUGUGGUGUGUUCGCUGAAACUCUGCCACAGUCCCUAAUGCCUCCCCUCUGCUGGAAAUGAAGUGCUCGGGUUAGCCUCAAGGCCAGCAUCAGCCUCAUCCCCUGCCCCAGCAUAAGCCAUCAGGGCUUCCAAGCACCUCGUGGGCUGGAGAGCACCACCCGGAACUGGUCCUUGUGGGACUGGGCAAAACCCUCAGAUGUGUGCCGGGUGUGGGCCAUCAUCCGUGUCUCCUCCCUGCCCCUCUGGCCUGGAGAAGUUCCCUUAAGCCCAAGCCUAAUGAUUAGUUGAAAACCCCAGCCCUAGCAGUGAUGCCUAAAUUGCUUGAAUAUCUCUGAAAAGAGAGUGCCCUAUGUUCUGUCUCCAACCACAGCACUCUGCAGAGGGAUCGAAUAACCCAACAACUCGGCUGCCAAAGUUUAUAGCAAAGGAGAGAAAUUUGUUCCUGAUCCCAGCAGGCUAUCAGCAGAACGUGCAGUGUGGCACACAUGCAUGUGGCACACAUAUGGCCCCGCUGAAUGCCUCCUUUCAAAUCUUCUCGUAAAGACCAACAUACUUGACACAAGAGGAAAGUUUCAGCUCCUAACUGGAAGACCACCCUUGCUCAGUCCCUUCAGCAUGCUUCUCCAGCAUCCUCUCAAAACAGUUAACUUGCUCUUGGUACCCUGUUGACAAUUGUCCCAAAACAUCCAUGCUCGGAUGCUGCCACCUAAUUUUCAGUCUACACUUGUGAGCAGUUCUGUCUUUUCCCUUGCACAAUUUUGGAGGCAUGUCUCCAAAACAGCAUGCUCGGGCAGGUCUUCUGGGUGAGAUCUUCAUGGUUCCUCGCUAGUGAUGUGGUUGUGACCCUCCCAAAAACGCAUCCCAGGCACAAUGACUCCACACUCCCAGCCCUGCACUGCUUGCUGUUAACGAUGGUGGGGUCAGCCCAAGACUGGGGUGGAGUAAAAGUGCUGGAAGCAUCUCUUUGCUCAGAAACACCCCUUUUAAUACAACCCAACAUUUAUGUGAUUAGGUGGUUCCUCCUCUGCUGUGUCCAUAUUCAUAACUUCCAGCAUCGGAAACUGGUUCCUAUUGGGUGGCAAAUGAAAAUCCUUCCUUAAAUCUAACCAGCCUGAAUGUGCUGCAUUACCUUGUCUGAGUUAAUUAUCAAAGAAAAAUCAUUAAGUUACACUAAGAGAAUGUAUUUGUGAUAAAUUCUGUUUCCAUUUGC